AGGGAGGGAUAUCUCAAAGCCUAGCCAAAUAAAACCAAAUGAUGUUGAAAGAAAAGUGAGAAUUUUGCAUUUUUUAGUUUGGGUGGGCAUACCCUGAAUGCUGUGAUCAAAUGAAGAAAAACUCAUAGCCCUACAUGGCAUGAUGUCACAUAACAAAAGCAUCAUGCAGGUGUUCCUUGCUUUCAGCGACAGCCAAACAGCUGCAGGCUGCAGACCACACCUCCCUUCACCUGCUGCUCUUUAAAUGCAGCAGACUGGCACCACACUGUCUGUGUGCCUCCUGUUGGAUGAAUUCCUAUCACAGACUUCUAAGCAACCCUCAGGCGGGCCGGUUUAUCCACACAUUCUCAGAGGACUCAAUGAAAAGUGAUUUUCGGGAUAUCUCGACCGUUUUAUAAGAAUAGUAACAGUGGGACUGAACUAAAUUGCUCGGAAACAUCUUUGAAGAACAAUUUGUAAUUUGUAUUGAUAUGGAUUUCUUACAGCUGCCAGAAAGCAUCAUUAACAAAUCGGGUGGGAUGGACAAACAGCAGGAGAAGUCGGCAGCAGUCAGAGACAGAGGACAGACAACUGCCGACUUCUGCAGCAUCUACAGCAAAGACCUGCUCCCAGCUUCAGGUGGUGAGGAGAUUACCAGAGAAUUUCUGCAGGAGCUGCUUAACAUCCUGUUGAGUUAUAUCAGCAAGUCAAGCCAGAGGAGCUCCAAGAUACUGGACUUCCACCAUCCUCACCAGCUGAAGGAGGGACUGGAGGGCUUCAGUCUGGAUCUGCCGGACCAACCGGAAACUCUGGAGCAGAUACUUGUGGACUGUAGAGACACACUCAAAUAUGGCGUCAACACAGGCCAUCCACGUUUCUUCAACCAGCUGUCUUCAGGUCUGGAUGUGAUUGGUAUGGCAGGAGAGUGGUUAACCUCUACAGCCAACACUAACAUGUUUACAUAUGAAGUGUCUCCUGUUUUCAUCCUCAUGGAAGAGUUUCUGCUGAGGAAGAUGCAAAGCAUUGUGGGAUGGUCUGAUGAUGAGGGAGACGGAUUCUUCUGUCCAGGAGGCACAAUAUCCAAUCUGUACAGCAUCCUGGUGGCCAGAUAUCACUUCUACCCAGAGGUGAAGACCAGAGGGAUGGGACUUCUGCCUCAGCUGGCCCUCUUCACUUCGGAACAUAGUCACUAUUCAGUGAAGAAAUCUGCAGCUGUGCUCGGGAUGGGCAGUGACAAUGUGGUCAUGGUGAAAUGUGAUGAAAGAGGGAAAAUGAUUCCAGCUGAACUGGAGGCUUGCAUUGUUACAGCUGAAGAAAAGGGUUUGGUUCCGUUCUAUGUGAAUGUGACAGCAGGCACCACCGUGUACGGAGCCUUCGAUCCUCUCAUUGCCAUUGCUGACAUCUGCCAUAAACACACACUGUGGAUGCAUGUUGAUGCAGCGUGGGGGGGAGGCCUGCUGAUGUCAGACAGGCACAGGAUGAAACUGCAGGGCAUUGAACGAGCCUGGUCUGUAACAUGGAAUCCUCACAAGAUGAUGGGCGUCCCUCUGCAGUGCUCUGUCAUACUAGUCAAAAAGAGAGGUCUCUUGCAGGAGUGUAAUGAGUUGGGGGCUGAGUACCUUUUCCAGACAGACAAACCCUACGAUGUGAGCUAUGAUACUGGAGAUAAGAGCAUCCAGUGUGGCCGGCAUGUCGAUGUCUUUAAACUUUGGCUCAUGUGGAAGGCAAAGGGCUCAGAGGGCUUUGGAUCUCAGGUCAACAGAUGCUUAGAGAAUGCUGAGUAUCUGUAUGACCAACUGCAGAGGAGGACAGACUUUGAACUGGUCUUCAAAAACAAACCGGAGCACAGUAACGUGUGUUUCUGGUACAUCCCUCCCAGUCUGAGAGGCCUGCCACCUGGACCUGACAGAGACACAAGACUCCAUCAGGUGGCUCCUCGGAUCAAAAGAAGGAUGAUGGAGAAGGGCUCGGUUUUGAUUGGCUAUCAGCCUUUGGGAGCCAAAGUCAAUUUCUUCAGGUGUGUGUUCUCCAAUCCUGCCACACAGCAAGAGGACAUUGACUUCCUGCUGGACGAGAUCACCCGGCUGGGUGAUGACCUAUGACAUCUGAUAUGAUUGUUUGGUCUCAGCCCAGUUCAUGUCAUUAGAGGAAAUGAGUACAUCCGACUUUGAGACCAUUGUUUUGCUGUGGCAUAAGCCUACAUUGUAUCCGGCCUGGGUACACAGAGAAAUGUUGGUGCACAGGCUUUUGACAAUUACUGUACUCCUAGCUAUGCUCUACAGCCUUUGCUGAACAUUACCGCUUUUGAUAGUUUUACAGCAUUAAACAUUAAAAGCAACUUUUUACAGGGUGGCCUCUAGCUCACCCAGUAAGAGCGUUCGCCCCAUGUUGCUGCAGCAGCGCAGGGUUUGAAUCCGACCUGCUGCCCUUUGCUGCGUGUCAUCCCCCAUCUCUCUCCCCCUUUCAUGUCUAUCUACUUUCAGAAAUAAAGGGAAACCCCCCCCCAUAAAAGCAACAUUUUACUAUCAUAUCACAAGAAAAUUGUCCCUUUUUAACAUUGAUGUAACUAUGCUGACCCUUUUCUAUCGAGCCUUUAUUAAAUCUGUGUUGUCUUUUUCCCUUAUGUCUUGGUUCGGGAGCCUCUAAAAAACUGAAACUAAAACUAGCAAACACACCCUAGAAGCUAAACAUAAAUGAAACUGAAAAAUAUAAACUAAAUAACCUUAGAAUAGAAUAAAUCUUUAAUGUCCACCAAGGUGGACAUUUUUCUUUGGCUCACCAGCCAUACAAGACAGAUAAACAUACAGACAACAUCUCAGACAUAAUAAGUGGAGUAUAAAAAGAUUAAA